UGCACAACAGUGUAUUCUUCCAAAUCUUUUUAAAAUAUAUAAAACUCGUUUCUUGUUAAUAUCCCUUUUUUCUGUUUAAACGUCAUUUCGACACGUUAUAACUAACUCAUUUACAUUUUGCAACAGUUAAUCAUAUACAUAUCAUUGAUACAAUACCUCCCAUCAGAUUUCCUGUAGAAUCUUGUUAAUGGCGUGCACAUUGCGUAUGUAUGCAGCUUUAUGUCGGAAAGAAUUAUGUGAAUAUUUACGAUAUCUGCAACGAUAAAAAAAUAAAAUGUUGGAAUGAAAGUAGUUUAAUUAUAAAUGUGGUACAUACACUGCAUACAAAUAACGUUAUUCUAUUCUUUACAAGUUUGACCAUGCAACAAAAUUGGCUGGCACGAAGAUGACACGCGAACAGAUCAAAAUUCGUAAAUAUUUAUGACGAUGAUCGAGUUCAUAAGAAGUUCGAAGGGUGUAUGUUCUUUUCUUAAGUGAUUCACAUAGGAAUACGUGGAAAAAUAACGAUUGGUGUUUCGCAAAAAUGCCAUAUCGAACGACAGUAAUUUUUACGAGUACGGUAUUUAGCGAUGCUCAAAAUGAAAUUAAGUAAUUCGAAGACAAACAAAAUUUAAUUACGAGUUUCUGCGUUCAGUGUACGAUCGUAAUAAAGUGUGAAAUGAUUUUCGUUUAUAUUUUUGCAAGGAAUAUACAUAACCGUUCGUUUUAAUAAUUAGCUUUAUAUAGUUUCUUUUAUAUAAUGGAAUCUGAAAAUCCUGUCAUGUUGGAACCGUGCGGAGAGGAUUCGAUUUUAAUUCAAACAGUGAAAGAUAUAGUUACAGAAAGUGCAAACACCGAAUUAGAAAGCGAGGAAGAAUUUUUUGUAGUAACAGAUGUUCAGAAUAAAGAACAAAAUGUAAUAGAAGCGUCUAACGAGGAAUCGAUAGUAACUCGGUCCGAGGAACGAUUAUCAUGGUCCAAUUUAUGUAGAAUAUGUGCCAAUAUCGGUCAUCAUCUAAUUCCAAUAUUUGAGGGAGAAGGUUUACAACACAACUUGUGUAGUAAAAUUCAUAAAUAUUUGCCUAUACAUGUAUCUCAAACGGAUACUCUUCCACUACAAUUAUGUUAUCAUUGCGCAGCGACGUUAUUAGCAUGGCACGAGCUUUUAGAAGGAUGUCUAAAUGCAGAAAAACGAUUAUUAGAAAUACAACAUGCCUUGGAAGAAAAACAAAGCCAGGAAGGUUUAGAAGCUCCGGUACAAGAUACAUCGGUAUACAACAUACCUGAAUCUCUUCAUCAACAACAGGAAACGAUUAAGGAUGAAGAUUAUUGGGAAUCGGCUGUUAACGAUUCAGACAGGUUUGGUCUACUUCCGAAGAAAUCCUUUGUGGCAUACUGUUCGUGGUAUACGACAACGAUGUGUGCAAAUAAUAUAAUUCAGACCACUAACAAACAUAAAGUUGUUCAGAAAUUCAAUGAAACUAACAUAGACGAAAAGAUAAAAAGUAACGGCGACGGCGACGGCGACGGCGACGACAACGACGACGACAGCACCAACUUUUUUAACAAUUCCGAUAGCAGAGAUCAAUUUGACGUGUCAAAUGUAAUGCUAUGCUCUAGAGAGUGUUCGAACGAGACGGUAUUAUCAAUGAAAAAAUAUACAAGUUCAUCCAAGGAACAGUACGAGUGUAAAAACUGUCAGCGUUAUUUUAAGAGAGAAUGCCAUUUAACGCGGCAUACGUCUAAAUGCAAAAGUGAAAGAAAAAGUAGCAUAAAGAUGAUAAAUGCGAGCUUGGAGGAGGAAAGUGCAUCGAAACGGUCGAAUAAAAGAAAAGAGAAAAAUAGAAUGGGCGAGGAUGGAAGAAAUUGGAAAUUUUAUCAAAAGUGUAAACGUAAGAGACACGAAACGUAUCCGUGCGUAUAUUGCGAUUACACAGCGAAUAAAAAGAAAUUGCUUCAAGUUCAUUUAUCGGAGUCGCAUUCAGAAUUCAUGGAUAAAAAGAAGAAGAAGCUAAAAUACGCUGAUCGAGAACUGGUUAUGCGUGCUAAGAUAGAGGUUGAUGGAAAGGUUUAUUAUCACUGUAAUCAGUGCGGUAAAAAUCUUUAUUCGCCGUAUACAUUCUUCUGGCACAUACGAAUACACACCGGAGAACGGCCUUACACCUGUCAUAUGUGCGGGAAACAGUUUCGCGUGAACCAGGGUCUAGCGAGGCACUUGCGCGACACUCAUGCCGGUAUAAAGAAUUUUUCUUGCGACAUUUGUGGCCGACCGUUCACCACGAAGCGUAACGCUGACGAUCACAGACGUAUACACACGGGUGAGCGACCAUACGUUUGCAACAUUUGCGGGAAAUCGUUCAAGCAGAAGGCUUCUCUCUUCGUACACAAUCGCACCCACUCGGAUGUUUUUCCUUUCAAGUGUAACCACUGCGAGCAACGUUUCCGCACAAGACCGCCGCUCGCGGUUCACAUAACCAAACAUACCGGCGAAAAGCCGCACGCGUGCGACAUAUGCGGUCGUUGUUUUCGCAUUAAAUACGAGUUGAAGCGUCAUCGACUGGUACACUUUGACGAGAAACCGUGGCAGUGCACGGAAUGUGAUCAUUCGUUUCGUCAGAAACGCUACCUAGUUAACCAUAACAGACUUAAUCAUAGCACAAAUUGAGUUUAAUCGUAGCAGAAACGAGCGAAGCUGACGGAAUUUUGGAAAACGAUAAUGUUAUACGUCGUCGAUAGGCCUAACGAAAAACGAAAAGAACAGGACGGAUUAUAGUUGGAUUCACCACCACCGCGCGCACUACAAGUGUUGCAACAACAAUUUAAAUACCCGGAUAUAAUCGGAGAGAUAUCGUGCAUGUGUGUGUGUGUGUGUGCGUGCGUGUCACGUCUGCGGAAAAGAAAUUUUGUUCGGCGUCCAGCCUGAACAGGCACGAGCGGCGGCGGCGGCGGCGGCGGCGUCAUAUUCACACGGGAUUAAAAAUAAUUGUUUGUAAGAUAUGUGGUCGUGUCGAUCGUUUGGCCAGCAGAUUCACGCGAGACGAACACAAACGCAAUCGUAUGGGCGAAAGAACUCGUAAACGAACUCGGAACGCGGAAAAUCGUUUAAACAGAAGGCGGGGCAUCUCUGCACGUUCACAGAUCGUUCGAUUCCGAAAACUUGACAAAGGAACGCUAUCGAAGGAAGCAAGAGUUAGAUAAGCACGUUGUCAGACCGUAUCUAUCUGCCCGUAUUCUUGCGACGUCUGCGGCAAACGGUUCCGUAAUAAAGGCUCUGUGUGUGUGUGUGUGUGUGCGUGUGCGUGCGUGCGUGCGUGCGUGCGUGCGUGUGUGUGUCAGCACGUUAUAAUAAUAGCGGAAAAUGGCACGUUUAUUCUAUACGCGACACGACGAGAUUCAGCCAAGAACGUUACCUGAAGAGCCACAGCAAGAACUUGCACGAGGCUUCGUGUUCGAUGGCAUGAUAUCGGAAUAUGUUUAUUUUACAGGUGGAAGAACGAGUCCGGCGGCGUCGUGCGAUUAACGACGAUCGAACGCGAAAGUACAAACGGCGAGGAAGUAGAGUACGUCCAGUGCACUCAAUGCGAUAUCGUG